AUGGACAGGGAAGCCAGAGAGCACUACUCUGUGGUCAUUCAAGCCAAAGAUAUGGCCGGGCAAGUUGGAGGCCUUUCAGGGUCUACCACUGUCAAUAUUACACUCUCAGAUGUCAAUGACAACCCACCUAGAUUUCCACAGAAACACUAUCAACUGUAUGUUCCUGAAUCAGCUCAAGUUGGUUCAGCUGUAGGAAAAAUCAAGGCAAAUGAUGCUGAUACUGGAACAAAUGCUGACAUGAAAUACACAAUCAUCAAUGGUGAUGGCAUUGGAGUGUUCUCCAUAUCAACUGACAAAGAGACAAGAGAAGGCAUUCUUUCCUUGAAGAAGCCACUGAACUAUGAGAAGAAGAAGUCCUACACUCUCAACAUAGAAGGAGCAAAUACACAUCUUGAUUUCCGAUUUUCUCAUUUGGGCCCAUUUAAAGAUGUCACCAUGCUGAAGAUCAUUGUGGGAGAUGUUGAUGAACCUCCGCUCUUUUCAAUGCCUUCCUAUGUUAUGGAUGUUCAUGAGAAUGAGAAGAUUGGAACAGUGGUUGGCACAGUGGCUGCUCAAGAUCCAGACAGCGCUAAUAGCUUAGUAAGAUAUUCCAUUGACCACAAUGCUGAGGAUGAUAGGUUUUUCACCAUUGAUGUUAACACUGGAACCAUUAAGACUGCAAAGGUCCUUGACAGAGAGGAAACACCAUGGUACAACAUCACAGUCGCUGCUUCAGAAAAGGACAAUCCUAGCCUGCUGAGCCAUGUUGCAGUUGGCAUUCGAGUUCUGGAUGUCAAUGACAACCCACCAGAGCUUGCCAAGGAGUAUGAUAUUGUUGUUUGUGAAAAUUCUAAGCCUGGACAGGUUAUACAUACAAUCAGUGCCACUGAUAAAGACGAUUUUGCAAAUGGCCCAAGAUUCCACUUCUUUCUGGAUGAAGGUCUGGCUCUGAACCCCAACUUCACACUGAAGGACAAUGAGGAUAACACAGCCAGCAUUGUGACAAGGCGGAGGAGAUUUAGUCGAACUAUUCAGGAUGUGUAUUAUCUCCCCAUUAUGAUCUCUGAUGGUGGAAUCCCCUCUCUCAGCAGCAGCAGCACCCUCACCAUCAGGGUAUGUGCAUGUGAGAGAGAUGGGCGUGUGCGGACCUGCCAUGCUGAAGCUUUCCUGUCCUCUGCUGGCUUAAGUACAGGAGCCUUAAUUGCAAUUCUUCUCUGUGUCCUCAUUCUCUUGGCAAUUGUGGUUCUCUUCAUCACUCUCAGACGCAGCAAGAAAGAGCCUUUGAUCAUUUCGGAGGAGGAUGUGCGGGAAAAUGUUGUCACUUACGAUGAUGAAGGGGGUGGGGAGGAAGAUACCGAAGCCUUUGACAUCACAGCCCUAAGGAACCCAUCGGCUGCUGAGGAGCUGAAAUAUAGAAGAGAUGUUCGACCUGAAGUGAUGCUUACACCCCGACACCAGCCUUCGUCCACUCUUGAGAGUAUAGAUGUUCAGGAAUUUAUUAAACAAAGACUGGCAGAGGCAGACCUUGACCCCAGUGUCCCUCCCUAUGACUCUCUACAGACCUAUGCAUAUGAAGGCCAUAGAUCUGAAGCUGGGUCCAUCAGCUCCCUGGAUUCAGCAACUACACAUUCAGACCAGGAUUACAAUUAUCUUGGUGACUGGGGGCCAGAGUUUAAAAAGUUAGCUGAACUCUAUGGAGAAUUAGAAUCGGAAAGAACAAGUUAGGGAUGAGCACUCUUGGAAUUUGCUUCCUGGGCAACUGGAUAUAUAAGCUCAAGUAAUGGCAAUGAAAAGGGUUGGCAAUAGUGCUGGGAACUGAGCAAGCCUGCACACAGUCACUGUAGAAACAAGUGCCCUUUUCAAGUGUGAAACUGGGUUCUUUGAUUGGAAGAAAGUUAAAUUUUGAAAAUACAGAGAAAAAAGAAGCUAUUGUUCCUUGUGUAUAUUUUUUAAAUGCUCAAUAAAGUCUGUGGUACCGUUUCAUUAACAAUACCCUAAAUAAGCCAAACAAUGA